CUGGCUCCCAUGCUGGCUGCCAAAGGUCCUCUCCUUUACACCCUCAGCCAUGCCUGCACCUACCAAGCCAACCAGGAGACACACACCUGCUCAGAGAAAAAAAGCCCAGAGAGGGACCAGCACCAGGGGCCAAACCUGUAACACACAGAAAACACCAGCAGAAUCCACACGGUCAACUUCGAGAAACAACCAGGCCAAAUCAGGCUGGAGACCUCGUGGAAGCGGGAAGAAUCCCGGGAGGUCCCCUGGCAGAGGUAGCCAUGCCGGAAAUGUAACGGGAUCUACUAGACUUAGACGGUCGAGCAGUGUGCCCGAAAACCCCCUCGGGCCGAGGAAGUCCCAACGGGGAACGCAAGUGUCUGUUGCUCCCUGCCAGUCUCCGAAAGCGUUCACAGGAGGGAAAAAUAGCAGGAGGGGGAGCAGUCGGAGAAGAGCUGCAUCCCGGCAACAAAACACAAGUAACAAGCCCUCAAGCAUCAGCAUCAACAAUUCUCCUCCUGAUGGAAAAAAUGAGAAACCAGACAACAAAGAACCCCCCAGAAUGCAUCAUGAGGCUGGUGUUGAAGCUGCGGCAAGUCUUGAGCCUAACGAUGCCAUAGAGGGCAGCUCUCUUGAAACUGACACACGCAGAGGCGAUUUGCAGCACAGCUGUGACAGCCUUAUAACUGAAGAUGAAAAGUCUUUCAGCAAUAACAGUGAAGGGGACUCGAAGCCAGCUACUGAGGUCACAGCUUGUGACGACAGUGAUGGACGGGUAGGUGACGGGAGUGGAGAUCACACCUCUGGCUCGUCAGAAUUAACAGGCAGCGGCUCCCCGGGGGCACAGGGCAGCAGUGAGAAAAAUGGCACUUCAUCUGUCCAUGGUAAUGAGCUUGAUCAUCUUGACAGCAGUGGUAAGCAAGAUGAUGGGGGCGCUGUCCAACAAGAGGAGGGCGAAGAGCUGGCCAUGAAAGCGAGUAGGACAGAUGAGAAGCCGCUGGUUGUCAUAGAGAGAGAUGUUGAGAGUUUGGAAGCAGAGACGGAGGUUGAGAGACAAGACGAGACAAUGAUAGUGAAGGAAGAAAUUGCUGUGAAGCUGGGAAGUAGUGAGAGUGAAGACAUUUGGGAAAAAGACACCCAAACCAACACUCCAACAUGUCAAAACCCAGAUCCGAUUCAUUGUAACCUACUGACGGCACAGUCAGAGUCACCUGUGCGUGUAUUCUCCAAUGCAGCUACCUCAUAUCCCACCAAAGCUCUCUCCACCUCAGAUUUGUGUGAGCUGGAGGUUGUGAACCAGGCAAAGACUGAUCUUCGACCAACCGUUCAUGGUGCUAAGCCUCAACUCGCAGGGUCUUCGCCUAACUCUGAUGCUGCUCUGAAGGGGCAGACCGUUAUAGUGACUAGAAGUACUCCGGUUAUCAUCUGUCGGGACUCUCUGCAGCCAAGAAGUCUAGGGAAGUCUGAUCUAAGAGAAACGCCUGUUGCUGGGGUAGAGAAGCAAGCUUGCACACCAGGCGAGACCAAAGACAAAGGUGAAAUAUAUAAAGAGCCACAAAAAGAGAAGCCCUUUCCCUCCUUUAUGCUACUUACCGAGGCAAACACCAAACCCCCCACAGGAAAGCAUGAACCAAACUUUGUUGUGGAUGGCACUCGGGCAGCAAUGCCAGAGGAUGAUCCUGUGCCAAAGAUCUCAACUUCCUCCGUAGACAGCAGCUCCACUUUGUCCUGCUGCUCGGAAAGCACUCGUUCCUCGUUUUCCUUUGACACCGAGUCAGAGACCGGGUGCGGCGAUGCCAGCUUCUCCGCUCUGCCUGGAUCCUGGGGGCCAGAAGGGAUGGGCUCGCUCGCCUGCCUGACUCUGACAUCAGAAAGGAAGGAGAGGAAGAAGCGCAGCAGGUGUGGGGCGUGCGAGCCAUGCCUCAGGAAGAUUAACUGCGGCCAGUGCAGCUGCUGCCUCAAUCGCAGGACCGGCCACCAGAUCUGCAAGCUUAGGAAGUGUGUGGAGCUGAAGAGGAGAAGAUCUUCAUCUGUAAUCAGUCAACGUGACGCACAGGUGGCUCCUGAAAUCGGCUCAAUAAAUGGCAAAGGCAAGGAACAGAUGGAUGAUACCUACAUGGCAGCGGAGGAGGACGAGGAGGAGGAUGACCACAUACCUCACACUCAAUCUCCCGUCAUUGUCCAGCCCUUCGCCAACCACAGUGGAAAGCCAGCACUUAUUAAAAGAGAGUCAGAGAUGGAUUUGACCAAUUCUGCACUUCAUCGCCACAUAUGCUCUUCUGUGACUCAUCAGAAUGGUUCUGAUGGGAGUCUUACAAAGCCUAACGGUGCUAAUAUGACCAAUGGGUCUCAGUCUGAUCUGAAAUCAGCAUGUAAAAGGACUUCAAUGGCAUCGGAGCUUCAAAGGACUAUUAUUGCCACAAUCCCAAAAGACAACUCAGAGAACGGGCCAAAGGCGUCUCCAGAUGAUGUGUCACUUCCACUAAAGAAGAUCAAACUGGAAGAGCCGUGGCUGUGGAUCACUGAGCAGACUACCACGCAGCUGACUAGGCAAGACGACGAUAUGUGCGAAGAUCCUCUGUCGAUGUUGGCAGCAGUUGUCUGCCUGUCCGUCACAGAGAGGAAGGGACUAGAGGAGAAACUUCUCGGUACACGUUCUUCCAUUCUGUGCUCCAUUAAGACAGAACCGCCAGAUUUGCACUUUGUCAAAACAGAAAAAGAUGAGUUGAAGAAAAGCACUCCUGCUAAUUUGCAAAGGACUCCCCAACCCAUCAAAAGUGAACCUCCUCAAAGUGUCCUGUUACCCAGUGUGCAGUCCUUGGCGGAGAGGAGAAACCUUAGUUUUGAUCAGGCUAUUGCUAUCGAGGCCUUGACUCAAUUGGCGGUAAUACCACAAAGCCCCUCAGGUCCCAUUAAAGCUGAAAGUAAUGGUGAACACCCCAUUUCCUCCAGUUCCCCAGGUUUCCACACAAAUCCUGCACAGCAAGCAGCUAAACGUGCAUCAGCCAUCCACUACAACAAAGUCUCGGUCAUCAGCUCACCGCUACACCAGACUUCAGUGAUACGCCCUCCUGUGGCCAGGCAGGGGAAUGUCAUUCAGUGCUCCAGAAGGCUGAGCUCUGACACAAAGCCUUCUGUCGAAGAAAUGCCCUCAAACUGCAGGGGGACAAACCAGAGUCAGUCUCCUUAUGUCAUCCAUUCACAGUGUAGCUAUAAGGACUCCAGCAGGGGUCAUGAGCGGUUAGGAGAGGACAGGGAAAGGUGCGUCAUUAAAAUGAGGAGGAACAGGGACGAGGAAGAAGUGGCAGCUCAGCUGGCGGAUCUGGCCUUCAUCAUCCAGGCGCGGCACAAUCAACAGUCCGACAACGGCCCCCCUAAGGGAACACCUGUUUCAGCUAUAAAGUACAACUACAAAUCCCAGCAAAGCCCCUGUCAGAAAAAGCCUCCCUUAAAAAAGACCAAAACUACGCCGUCCAAGCCCAGGAAGAGGAAAAGCGAUGGAUUACAGGAGGGAGCGAGUCGUAGGACCGGGCAGGGUGGGGAGACGCCUCACAGGAGCCGAGGCCAGAAUGGUCUCCCACACGGGAAAUCGAGUCGUCAACCCAAGAACAAUUUCUUUUUGCCGUUGGCUCAAAUUGAUUUGAAGAAAUACUUGGCUGAGGCUCAAGAAGGAAGGAGGCAACUGAUCCAUCAAAGUAACAUUCACAAUACAAGUUUGUCUCAGAAUCCCAACAAUCUGUUCACCACGAACCACACUGGUGCUGGAGAAAACCACCAGUGGUCGCUUCCUAAUGGUCUGCCUCUCCCACACAAUCAAUGCAAUGGUUUCGUUGCGGGACCAGCAGAGAGCCACGUGUUAUCUCAGGUAGCGCCGCCUGCUGGCGAGCUUCAGCACGGCACUCAUCCUAUCGCCAGCCCUGCAAAACCAGCUUUUACUAGCAACGUCAAUGGGUUCCGUGUUCUGAGCAACGGCUUCUCAGGGCCUCCUGACUCCCCUCCUCCAAGCCAACAGAACUACUAUAAGCUAGAGACGUCCGGGUCCGUCACUGUCCUGUCCACAGCGACUGACGGGGCUCACCCUGUAGAGUCCACUCCAACCAGGAAUGGUGUCAACAGCUUUCUGGAGUCUCCGAUGAGUUUCCUGGAUACCCCCAUCAAGAACCUGCUCAGUACACCUUCCAAAAAACUGGCAGAUCUUCCUUCCUGUCACUGUGUGGACCAAGUUAUUGAAAAGGAGGAAGGCCCUUACUACACUCACCUUGGGGCAGGACCCAACGUUGCCGCCGUAAGGGAAAUGAUGGAAAACAGGUAUGGUGCCAAAGGAAACGCAGUGAGGGUGGAAGUUGUUGUUUACACUGGGAAAGAGGGCAAGAGCUCCCAGGGGUGUCCCAUAGCUAAAUGGGUGAUCCGACGUGGGAGCGAAGAGGAGAAGUUGCUGUGCUUGGUCCGACAAAGACCGGGCCACUACUGCGACACGGCUGUGUUGGUGAUCCUCAUCCUGGCGUGGGAGGGAAUCCCUCGAACGGUGGCGGACCACCUUUACCAAGACCUCACAGAGACUCUCUUUAAAUACGGCUCCCCCACCAGUCGCCGUUGUGCCCUCAACGAAGAUCGAACGUGUGCAUGCCAGGGUUUGAACCCUGACACCUGCGGAGCCUCGUUCUCCUUUGGCUGUUCCUGGAGCAUGUACUUCAAUGGCUGCAAGUUUGCCCGCAGCAAAGUGCCCCGCAAGUUUCGUCUGCUUGGAGACCUCCGAGAGGAGGAGGCGAAGAUUGAGAGCAACCUUCAGAGUUUGGCCACUGAUCUCGCUCCACUCUACAAAAAGCUGGCUCCAGUGGCAUUCCAGAACCAGGUGGAGUGCGAGGCUGCAGGGGACGCUUGCCGGCUGGGCAGGAUGGAGGGUCGUCCUUUUUCAGGGGUCACAGCUUGCGUAGAUUUCUGCGCUCACGCUCACAAAGACACCAGCAACAUGAACAACGGCAGCACCGUGGUUUGCACUUUAACAAAGGAAGAUAACCGUGCGGUGCGGAAUAUACCUGAGGAUGAACAGCUUCAUGUGCUCCCACUGUACAAGAUCUCUGACAAAGACGAGUUUGGUCAGGUUGAAGGCCAGUGGGCCAAGAUCCGGAGUGGAGCUUUGCAUGUUCUCUCCUCCUUCCCCAGAGAGGUGCGCCUGCUGGCUGAGCCUGUGAAAUCUGCUCGUAAGAUAAGACAGGAAGCUCGUCUGAAGGCGCAGGCAGAGAAGAUGGAGAAGAAGCUCGGCAUGUCAUCUCUCACUCCUGGGAAAGUCAAAUCUGAAACCCCCAAUAAAGAGCCUCAAGGCUUCUACAGCGCUUAUGGAGUACCACCGAGACCCACCAGUGUUGGCAGAGCCACACCGGAGAGAAAUCAAGCCGCUGCUUACAGCCACAGCGUCAGCAGCUGCUCUUCUCCGGGGGCGGGGAUCGCUUCGCAGCGGGAGGUCCUCCCCUCCAGCCACCACAGCGUAUCAAACCUUCAGUUUAAGCAUAACGGCGUAGCUGUCGGCUACCAUACUGCUGGUGCCACUAUGAGUGGUUUAACUCCAGCUUCUGGUGAGCAGGGUGCUUUACUAGAACGUAUACCUCCACAGAACCUCAACAACGACUUUCCCUUUAAAGCUGAGCCCAGCGAGAUGCACUGCUCCGCUCUGCACAGACUGUCCCCCUCCUCUUUCUCUGCCAGACCUACCUCUGAGGGCCUCUUCGGCAGGCUCAAUGGACUUCUUCGGGCUGCAGAAGAUGUUGCAGGAGAGGUCAGGGGUCACGACUUCCCUCCAGGCCAGUCUCUCCCCUUACAAGCCCCGCCGCUCGAAGAACCGCAACAGGCAAAGCAGGAAGAGGUGUGGUCCGACAGCGAGCACAACUUCCUGGACGAGGACAUUGGCGGCGUUGCUGUGGCGCCGUCACACGGCUCAAUCCUGAUUGAGUGCGCGCGCCGCGAGCUCCACGCCACCACCCCCAUCCUCAAGCCGAACCGCCGCCACCCAACUCGCAUCUCCUUGGUCUUCUACCAGCACAAAGCCCUGAACGAGCCAGGCCACGGGAUGGCGAUGUGGGACGCCAAGAUGGCCAAGCGGGAGCGGGAGCGGGAGGAGGAGGCGGAGAGACUGAGGAUGGAGGGAAGCGGCGAUGCGGGGAAGAACAGAAAAACAUCAGGGGGCGGGGAGGGAGAGGAAGACGAGGAUAAAGAGACAGCGGAGGCAAGAAGGGUAAUGAAUGUCCCAACACGGCAGGCUUUCACUGCGCCGACAGGCGGCGUCAUCACCGUGUCUCCUUAUGCACUUACACAUGUGACGGGCCCUUACAAUCGCUGGUCUUAGUCGGCAUGUUUCAACAGACUCACUUGAAACUCCUACACCGUGGUUCUGCCUUACCUCAUUCACCUUCAAUCGGCUACUCUCAUCGUCAUCGUGUCGUUUUUUUGUUUUUUUGUUUUUAUUGUACUUUUCUAUUGUCUGCUAACUUUGUCCUUCUUAGAGUCUGCCAUCUUUGGUGAUGGGAAGGAUCAAAGUUUGUUGGCUUUUCAACUGUGAGUUUCGGUGCUGGUUUUUAAUGUAAAGAGAUGGUGCUUUGAAGCAAGAUGUUUUUAAACUGGUUUUAUACACAUGAUUUAGAACAAAAAUAGAUGUGAUUAUUUAUUCUGAUCAUAACAAUUUCUAUUUAAUUUCUGAUAUAAGCCUGUUUACUGCAAGAUGUCUAUGAUACCCUGCUUUAUAUUGUACAGUAGGAGGGUACUUUGGUGCCAUUCUCACUGUAACCUUGGUUUAGCAAUUUUGUUACUUCACAUAAUUUUAUUUACUACAGAUUGUCACAUGUAGCAUUAUGCGUUUUCCUUUCACUGCCUCAGUCUUCUGUUGGUGGUUU